AUGCAGCUGGCAGGCGCUGCCAUAUUGGCGGUGGGCAUCUGGGUGGCAGUAGACAGAGUCUCUCUUCUGGGCUUUUUAGAGCACAUUGAAGAUGCGCCGCCCGAACUGGCACAGCUGGCAAACAUCGGCUACCUGCUGAUCGGCGUGGGAGCGUUUCUGACGCUCGUGGGCUUCCUGGGAUGCUGUGGAGCCGUAAAGGAAAGCAAAUGCAUGCUGCUCUCGUUCUUCACCGUUGUGCUCAUUAUCUUCCUCGUGGAGGUGGCAGCAGGGGUAGUGCUCUUCGUCUUUGAGCCUUUGGUUCAAAACGUUCUGGAUGAAAUUGAAGAAAAAGUAGCUAGAAGCAUUGAGGACAACUAUGGUAGUGAUGAGAGUUUCACUUCAGUCUGGAAUAGCACUAUGAAUGAGCUGAAAUGCUGCGGAUAUAACAACUACACGGACUUCAUGGACUCUCAGUUCGUAUCUACAACAUCAUCAUAUCCUGUCACAUGUUGCACAAGCAGUUCUGGACCCUGUAAUGAAACUGCAGCAAAAGCAGAUUCUGUCGUGGGCUGCUUCCAGGCAUUAGUGAAUCUGAUCGAGGACAAUGCAGUUCUGCUGGCUGGCGUGGCUUUGGGAAUCGCUGCUUUAGAGAUUGCAGCAAUGGUUGUUUCCAUGAUCCUCUACAAGAAUGUAGGAAAAUGAGACCAAGACUGACUACAGACAUUUCUGUUUACAUCAUUGUUUACUGUGAAAUGUAACUAUUCAAUAUUUUAUCUGGAGUUAUGUAAAUACCACAUCUGCUGCACGUAUGAACGACAUUUGCACUAAAAUAUUUGAUGUUUUGUGUUCUCUUUUUUUUUUCAAUCAAUUUUUACUUUAACCUCAAGUACAAGCAUAUUUGAUCCUGACU